CCUUGGGAAGAGGCCCCAGAAAUACAAAGACUUUAGUCAGAAUGCAACCAAGUUUCCUUAGUACUUAUGCUUUCUGAGAGAAAAAAAAAAAUCUCUGUAUCCUUUCCAAAAAAUCAAAUCGACAAAAAUAAGACCAGGAAAUCAAAUCAAGCAUGAUGAGUUCAGAUACCGAUGUAAACAAAAGUGCCUUUCCCACCGCGGAGGAGCAGCAAGAUAAACCUGAUGGCCCCUCUCCUGGCUCAGUCAGUGACCAAGAAAAGAAAGUAAGAUUAUCUCCAGUCAAAAUGUCAACCAAGAAUUCUACAGAUCUAGUUGAAUAUGUUGACAAGGGCCAGUCUUUUCUUCCUAUUAUUCCAAAUACUCAGAGAAGUCAGCUAGAAGACAGACUGAACAACCAGGAGCGCACCAUAGCUUUCCUGCUUGAACAAGCCUUCCGCAUCAAGGAGGACAUCUCUGCUUGCCUUCAGGGAGCUCAAGGCUUUCGAAAGGAGGAGUCACUUGCCAGGAAGCUACUGGAAAGCCACAUCCAGACUAUCACCAGCAUCGUCAAGAAGCUCAGCCAAAACAUUGAGAUUUUAGAAGACCAAAUUAGAGUUCGAGACCAGGUGGCCACAGGAACUAACUACGCAGUACAGGAACUGAAUACCAAGCACUCUCAAGGAGUUGGAGAUCUUCAGGGAAGAGUAGCCAGAUGUGAUUCCAGCAUUGUGAAGCUUUCUGGAGACAUUCACUUCAUCAGGCAUGAACAUCGGCGAGUUGAAAAAACAAUUCAAGAGCUCUUGUCUGCCCUAGAAACUGUUUCUAAGAACUUGGAUAUGAAGGUAAUGCAGCUCUUAGGCAAGAUAGAGGCUUCCAGUUCUGAGCAAGCCUCAAAUGUAAAGAUGGUCCAGGGAGAUUAUCGCCACGAAAUAAACCUUUUGGAAUUCAAAUUUAAUUCACUUUCAAGUAAUCUCUGUGAGGAAGUUGAAAACCUUCAAAAAUGGACAGAAAAUCGCUUCAUCAAAUAUGAAAAAGACCACCUCGACCAUAUAAAUCACUGUCUGAAACUCCUUCAGGAGAAGCUGGAAAAGUCUGAAAAUAAAAUGGAAGAAAAAUUACAGAAGCUUUCAAGCAAAUUAGAGAAUUUUAUAAAUAUACAGAAACAGGAAGCAGAACUAAAUAAAGCAAAGAACAUAGAAAAUAAACUGUCCAAAAAGAUGAAUCAACUGGAAAAACUCAUCUGGGGUGAAUUAGAGAAAAUGCAGAAUGAAUAUCAAUCCGGAUUCAAAUCGGUUCAUGACUCCCUCAACUCCCUCCAACAAAUACAGAAAACAAAGAUGGAUUUAGAGAAACAUAAAGUACAGAAAAACAUAAAGAAAUUACAGCGUAAGAUAGUGGAACUCCAGGACAUAUGAAACUUUCCAGUCAUCAUUUUCACCAAUCAAAGCAGUAAAGAAAUUGUAAAGUGUUGAGAAAAACUGGGAAGAAUUUAAUGUCUCUGGGAUGUUUACUGUUUCUGUCCCUUUAUUUCUUACCAGGCUUUUAAAGAGAUGCACAUACUAGAAAACCCAAAUAAACCAAAGAAGCUUUAUGUCUUCAUUAACUUAUUAAUGAAAA